AUGGCGCUUCAAAGUGGUAAUUUCAGUCUAGCUGAUGCUCUGAGUGAAACUAUAGCAACACAAAUAACGCUUACCAGUGGAAGGAGACUCGGUGGUCUAGGUGUUGUCAUAGUUAUAGCCACAACGUUAACAAAAAACGAACUUUAUUCGGCAGGCAGAAUAGCUGCAGAUCUGCGUCGACCUUGUGAUUCGACUUGGACCUACUACAAAGGCCAGUGCUACAGACUGUACAAGGCAGAUGAAGGGGAGUCGUCGAUGAAGUACGGUUACAGCGGAAUUCACUGGUUGAAUGCAAGGAAGAAGUGCGCCGAACUCAACAGUGACCUCGUAUCCAUCAGUGACGCAAUGGAAGAAAACUUUUUGUUACAUCAUGUUAUAAAGAUAGAAGGCGACAUCCAUAUAGGACUAAAGCGAUCAGACAACACGUUAUCAAAACAUUAUCAAGGCAUGUAUAGAUGGACUGAUGGAAAGCCACCCACGUAUUUGAACUGGAAGCAGAUCAGUCCACAGGUAAAGGAGCCAGACGGUGCUGAAGAGCAAUCAUGUGUGACGUUGACAGUCAUUGAUGACCAAACAUGGUGGGAGGACAUUGGGUGUGCGGACCCUCUUGGCAAAGGAUUCAUAUGUGAAGUCAAAGCAAGAAACGUCACAGAACAAUUGGUUCAUCCGGUUGUUCAUCCGCCGACACGUGCACCAUCCAUAGAUCGACUCUUCAACUGCAGCAAUGGUGAAAUCAUUUGGGAAUCUCGGAAAUGUGACAGACACCCAGACUGUUCUGAUGGAAGUGAUGAACAAAACUGUGGUGUUACUAGCACCUGUGGCGACACGCAGUUCCGUUGUAAGUCAAAUGACCAGUGCAUUUCUUGGGACUUUUACUGUGACUUUAUCAUCGACUGUGUGGAUAAAAGUGACGAAACAAUGUGCGUUCCGAGGCCAUGUGAUGAUGGUGAGUGGCGGUGUUCUAAUAACCAAUGCAUUAACAGCUUGAAGGUGUGUGAUCUGAAACGUGACUGUCACGAUGGCUCUGAUGAACUCAACUGUCACCGUUGUAAAGGCUUUCACUGCACGGACGGUGCAUGCAUACCUUACAGCUGGCAAUGUGAUGGAAUUGUGGACUGUUCUGGAACCCACAGAGAAGACGAAGACAGCAGCCUAUGCUCACUGCUAAAAUCAUCUCAUCUAUCCACAAACACGUUAUGUCACUGGAAACCACAGGGCGUGUAUGAUGCAAUGCCUCGGCAUCUCAGCGGAUUAGAGAGAUGUGACACAGUGACGUGUGAUGAAGGUUACUACAAAUGUCCACAGAGUUACUGCAUACCUAUAGAGUUUGUUUGCAAUGGCGUCAUGGACUGUGUUGAUGGUGCAGAUGAACAUGUCUGCGAUGAGUACAUAUGUCCAGGCUACUUUAGAUGCAGACAUAGCUUCACAUGCAUCAAUUUGCUGGAUGUUUGUGAUAACAAACUUGACUGUCCGGAGGGUGAUGAUGAGCUGUCUUGUCAUUUCACAUGUCCACCCAUGUGUAACUGCUCUGGUUCGGUCUUGCAAUGUGCAGGGCAAAGUCUUGGCAAUGAAACAUUUGGAUCAUUAACACGGAAGUUAGACUUGUCUUUUUCCAAUGUUGACCAACUUACAGGCAUCAGUUUCCAGGGACUGCAUAUGCUUGCUGUACUGAACUUGUCAAACAGCCGGAUAAAAAAUAUCCAGUGGACAUUUUGGGAACUAAACAAUUUGAUUUUAUUAGAUCUGAGUUAUAAUAACAUAACCCACCUAAAGCGCAAGACAUUUAGUGGAAUGAUCAAUUUACGACUCCUUGAUUUGUCAGGAAACGGUUAUUUAAGCACAAUUGAAGUUGGUACUUUUGAUGAAUUUGAACAGUUGGCUGAAACUUGGCUGCAGUACACUGGAAUUCGGAAACUUAACAGAUUUGUGUUUUCAACACUCUCGAACCUCAUUACUCUGUAUAUUUCAUACUCUGAGCUACGCUACAUUGGAGAUCACACUUUUGAAAACCUAACAAAGCUGAAAUAUUUAGAUCUUUAUGAAACAAAGAUAACAGACUUUGGACAAAACAUAUUUGAUGGCUUAGAUAAUCUUGAAAUCCUUCGAACUGGAACCUUUCUACUCUGCUGUCCUCGUGUGAGACCACCUUCUAUUGAAGAUGAUAAGUGUUUGGCUCCACAAGACAAAUUCUCGUCAUGUGAUGAUCUCAUGCAAAAUAAUGUCCUUCGUGUAUUUAUUUGGAUUCUUGGAAUAGCCUCAGUUUCUGGAAAUAUUUUAAUAAUUGUUUACAGACUGUGUAUCGACAAAACACCAUUAAAUAAAGCAUGUGGGUAUUUUAUUUUAAAUUUAGGAUUUUCAGAUUUGUUCAUGGGUGUGUAUAUGAUUUUUAUUGGAACAGCAGACAUGCUUUAUCGAGGGAAGUAUCUUUGGUACAGCAAUAUAUGGAAACAGAGCCAAUGGUGCAAAACAGCUGGAUUUCUCUCAACCUUGUCAUCCGAAGCCUCAACUAUGCUAAUCUGCCUGAUAUCUCUUGACCGGUUUUUAGCAAUAAAGUUUCCAUUUGGACAUGUUAGGUUCAGUCAAAGAUCAUAUAUUGGUGCUUGUCUUCUUGCGUGGCUACUGGCCCUGGUGAUGGCAAUGGUACCGCUACUUCCUGCUACAAGUCACUGGAAUCUGUAUGGCCGAAACAGCGUGUGCUUGGCACUUCCUCUUUCAAGAGAUCGGGCCCCAGGAUGGCAGUAUGCAACUAGCAUCUUUAUAGGAUUCAACCUUUUGGCAUUUACCUUCAUUGCUGCUGCACAAAUCGUCAUCUAUGGAGCGAUGAAAAGUGGUUCAAUUGUGAAGGACAAGAAGCGCCUGGCACGAGAACGUUCUGUUGCUCGGAAACUGACUCUGGUGGUCGUAACUGAUUUCAUCUGCUGGUUUCCAGUCGGCAUUAUGGGUAUGAAUCACUUAUUUAUCCUAGUUGUUCCCUGGAAAGUAGCCAUUGCCAUAGUUAUCUCAACAAAAAAACAACAAACCCGUGUUCCCAUAUCAAAAUUGUAUCACUGCAGUAAGUAA